AUGUCAACCAGUUACACUAAUAAGAAAUGCAUUGAUGCAGUGCUGGAAGGUACAAAACCAGCCCCCGUUGAAGACAAAAUGGAAGAAAAUGAAAAAAACAUUGCUGGCUGUGGGGUUCGAAGCCACGCGCACUUACGUGCAGAAGAUCUUAAGACUUCCCCCUUAACCUCUCGGUAUGAUCUUUCUAGUCAUAAUAUUGAGCAAGGUGUUACUGAGAAUAUAAGAAACAAUGUGCAGUCUAUUGAAGCAUAUGAAAAUUUAGAUGAUGAUAAAGAUAGUGUAAAAGGGACUAAUGCCGAUGAAUAUGUUGGAACAUCAUCUCAGCAGACUAAUGCUUCAGAAAAUGUGGAAAACAUUGAGUCAAACAUUGAGUCAGCAAGGAAUGAAUCAGAUGCUUCAGCUGACAUAUGA